AUGGGUGAUAAGCCACUAUCACCACCACCACCACCACCACCACCAACUGUAACAAAAAGCCCUCCUCCUCCACCACCACCUCCGGUUCCAUCUCCACCUCCACCCCCAAAUCAACAAACUUGCCCCAUUGACACUCUCAAGCUAGGAGCAUGUGUUAACGUCCUAGGUGGUCUAGUGCACAUUGGUCUUGGCAAUGACGCUAAGGAUGCUUGUUGUCCAGUGCUUCAAGGGCUUUUGGAUGUAGAAGCUGCUGUGUGUCUUUGCCUCGCUGUUAAUGCUGGGCCUCACCACAUUAAUGCUACUCUAGGCAUUGUAGUUCAAGCCCUUGCUGGUUGUGGCAAGACUCCACCGCCGGGGUUCAUGUGUCCUGCCUAA